AUGCCUCUCUUUUCACGCGAUUCCACCGCUAGUGCCUCUUCUUCCAGUCCUCGCUCAUCCAUCCUGACCCACUCCUCUGCUGGUCACAAGGAAUCUUCCCGCUCGUCUUUUUCGUCUAGGUCGGAAUCUUCGGCGGGGAGCCAUCGCCGACGAAGCAUUCUGCACCGCACGCCCGAAGAUCCAUCAAUUCAAACCGCACGAGAGCAGGUCCUUCGCGCGGAGACCGCAGAGCAAGAGGCUGAUAGAGCUUUGAUUCUGUCCAGAAGGGCUGUGAAGGAGGCUCGAGAUCACGUUAAACGCCUUGAGCGUGAGGCUUCUGAGGAAGCUCGACUUGCUAAAAUCAAACACGACCAAGCCAAGUCCAUUUCCAAGCGAGCGAAGCCUUUGGGCCGCCACAUGUAG